AGCGUCUGGUCCGAUUUUCGAGGAGUACUAACUUCCGGUCGACAAACGUUUCUAUUUCCUUAUCCAAAAGUUACUACCUACCUGGGCUGCAAAAGGAAGCAGCUAACUUGGUUGCCGAAUUGAGUGGAAGCGAUGGAGAAGAUCGAUCUGCCCCCGCUGGGGCCCGCAGACCUCCCACUGUCCCUGCUGGAGAUGGGCUGUUCAGGACGGUUUGAGCUGGUGUCUCAGCCAAUCACAGGAGACCAGCCGCUAUGCCCACAGAGCACUCUCCCCCACGGUCUUCCCCCGAUUGGCCCAGACCUGCAGACGGAGGUGGAGAGACGCUUCCUGCGCGACCCCGAAUGGCUUCCCAUACACAACACUGACUCUGCCUUCCAAAAGUUCCUAAGGUUGGCUCAGAGAGACAGGCAGGUGGACUCCCUCCUGCACUGCAGUGUGUCCCCCCUGCACUCCGGGCUCUCCGUGGUCCGAGAUCCCACCACGGGAAUGCUGCUGGACUUCACAGAGGUCUUGUUAGUAGAUACGGGUCUGUCCUCGAAGAACUCCCUGUCCCUCCAGCGUCCCCCUGGCCCCCCCUCAGAGAGCCUGCGAGGGAGCCACACCAGCUACCCCUUCCUCCCAGGAGGAAUGGAGGAGUUGACUCUCGACCAAAUCAAGAAGAGGACCGAAGCAGAGGAGGAGAUUGACUUUGAGAAUGGUUUGCUGACGGUGGCCCCUGGAUUAAAGACUGGGAUGGACUUCAGUGAGAAAGACGCCAAGGUGUCAGAGGGUGAAGUCAACCUGCUGUCCCUCCUGUCCACCUUUGAUGACAUCAUCGACACUCACCCGGAGGGAGACGGAGAGGAGGGAGGGAAGACAGGUGGAGACACAGCCCAGAUACCCAGAACAAACAGCCUGGAGGACCUGGGGAUCAAGGAGCCGGCCCCCGCCACUUCGCCGGCCCCCGGCCCCGCGGAGGGGAGGAGAAAUGGAGAGAAGGGGAAGGACGGAGGAGAGGAGAAGGAGGGGGAGAGGAAGAGGUGGGCCGUUCCCGUGGACGUCACCUCCCCGUGCGACGACUUCUACAAGCGCAUCCCCGAGCCCGCCUUCAAGUGGCCCUUUGAGCUGGACGUGUUUCAGAAGCAGGCCGUUCUGCGGCUGGAGGCUCACGAGUCCGUGUUCGUCGCCGCGCACACGUCUGCCGGCAAAACCGUGGUGGCCGAGUACGCCAUCGCCCUGUCACAGAGACACAUGACCAGGACGAUCUACACCUCCCCCAUCAAGGCACUGUCCAAUCAGAAGUUCCGAGACUUUAGGAACACGUUCGGGGACGUUGGGCUUCUGACGGGAGACGUGCAGCUGAACCCAGAGGCGUCCUGCCUCAUCAUGACCACUGAGAUCCUGCGAUCCAUGCUGUAUAACGGUUCUGAGGUCAUUCGGGACUUGGAGUGGGUCAUCUUCGACGAGGUCCACUACAUCAAUGACGCAGAGAGAGGAGUAGUUUGGGAGGAGGUGUUGAUCAUGCUCCCUGAACACGUCAGCAUUAUCCUGCUCAGUGCCACUGUGCCGAACGCACUGGAGUUCAGCGAGUGGAUAGGGCGCAUUAAGAAGAAGCCGAUCCAUGUGAUAAGCACAGUGAAGAGGCCGGUCCCUCUGGAGCACUUCCUCUACACCGGCAACAGCACCAAGACCCAGAAGGAGCUCUUCCUGCUGGUCGACUCUGCAGGGAACUUCCUCACCAAAGGGUACUACGCCGCCGUGGACGCUAAGAAGGAGCGCACCAGUAAGCACGCCCAGUCAUUCGGAGCCAAAAGCUCCUCCCAGAACACCACAGCCAGUCAGGACCGUGCGGUGUGGCUCUCCCUGCUCCACUUCCUGUUCGAGCGGCAGCAGACGCCCGUGGUGGCCUUCACCUUCUCGCGGUCCCGUUGCGAUGAGAACGCGCGCUCGCUGUCCUCCAUGGACCUGACCAGCUCGCAGGAGAAGAGCGACAUCCACUCCUUCUUCCAGAAGAGUCUGAGCCGCCUGAGAGGCGGGGACCGCCAGCUGCCUCAGAUCGUGCAGAUGAGAGACCUGCUGAAGCGGGGCAUCGCCGUGCACCACAGCGGCAUCCUCCCCAUCCUCAAAGAGGUCAUCGAGAUGCUCUUCUCCCGGGGACUGGUGAAGGUCUUGUUUGCCACUGAGACGUUUGCCAUGGGCGUGAACAUGCCAGCAAGGACCGUGGUAUUUGACAGCAUCCGAAAGCACGACGGGACGGGGUUCAGAAACCUGCUGCCAGGGGAGUAUAUCCAGAUGGCGGGACGGGCCGGCAGGAGGGGGCUGGACGCCACGGGGACCGUCAUCAUCCUCUGCAAGUCGGCCGUGCAUGACAUGGGGGACCUCCACGUCAUGAUGCUGGGGAAGCCCACAGUCCUGCAGUCUCAGUUCAGGCUCACCUACACCAUGAUCCUGAACCUGCUGCGUGUGGAGGCUCUGCAGGUCACCGACAUGAUGAGGAGGAGCUUCUCAGAGAACCACAGAGACACCCAGACCCAUGAGAAGAGGAUUGGGCAGCUGAAACAGAUGCUCGCCUCCCUGCCUCCUCUGGACAAUGAGGGCCAACUGGCCGACCUGCUACCUUACUACCACACCCUGACCGAACUGCGCAUCACCACCCAGACCUUACAGAGGGCUGUACUGGAGUCAGUCAGUGGACUGAAGGCCCUGUCUGUCGGCCGCGUGGUGGUGGUGAGCAACACACAGCACUACAAUGCCCUGGGGGUCAUCCUGCAGGUGUCUAGCGACUCAGUGAACCGCACAUUCACUGCUCUCAUCCUGUGUGAGAAAGGAAAUGAAGAGUUGGGGGCAGAGUCUCAAAAGGCCAACCCCCUGCCCCACCUCUACAGCACCUCCCUCUUCCUACCCGAAGGUCCCUGCAGCCACACAGUGCAGAAGCUAAAGCUACAGGAUAUUUCUGGCAUCACCACCAAAACCCUGAAGGUCAUUCCAGAGAGGAUCAUCGACAACUACAACAAGCGGCAGCAGCCACGAUUCAGGCUGGACCCCCCAGGCCAGGCCAUCUCCACGGCUACCCAAGAGCUCCUGCGAUUGGCCGAGGCCAGCCCGGCGGGCAUGGUGACCCUUGACCCCGUGAAUGACCUGCAGCUGAAAGGGCUGGAGGUUGUGGAGGCGUCUCUGAGGGUCAGGGCUCUGCAGGACACCCUGAAGGAGUUCAGCUGCGUCCACUGCCCCACCUUCUCUGAGCAGGUGUGUGUGUGCUCAGAGUGGAGGUACAUCUCUCUCUCUCUCUCUCUCUCUCUCUCUCUCUCUCUCUCUCUGUCCCUACUGCCAGAGUACCACCAGAGAGUGGAGGUGCUGGAGGCCCUGGGGUACGUGGAUAAGAAGGGAGCAGUGCAGCUGAAGGGGCGGGUGGCGAGCCAGAUCAGCAGCCACGAGCUGCUGCUCACCGAGCUGCUGUUCGAGAACACCCUGAGCCCCCUGGCACCGGAGGAGAGCGCCGCCCUGCUGUCCUGCCUGGUCUUUACACAGAACACGCAGACCUGCCCCCACCUCACCAGCACCCUGCAGGAGAGUAUUGACCGGGUGCUGUGUGUGGCACAGCGCAUUGGGGACCUGCAGAGGGAUUGUGGGAUAGCGCAGACAGCCGAGGAUUUUGUGGCCCAGUUCAAGUUCGGUCUCACAGAGGUGGUGUACUGCUGGGCCAGAGGAAUGCCCUUCUCAGACAUCGCCCAGCUGUCGGACGUGCAGGAGGGCACGGUGGUGCGCUGCAUCCAGCGGCUGGACGAGGUUCUGCGCGAGCUGCGCCAGGCCGCCCGCAUCAUCGGCGACUCCGUGCUGGGCAGCAAGAUGGAGAGGGCCUCGCUCGCCAUCCGCCGCGACAUCGUCUUCACCGCCUCGCUCUACACGCACUGAGCGCGCGCGCGUGUGUGUGUGUGUGUGUGUGUGUGUGAGAGAGAGAGGUGUAUGUGUGUGGUGUA